AGUUGAUGGGGGAGGGUGAGGGGCCAGAAGCCCAAUGAGGCCUUUGAGUAGGUCUUAUGGAAAGGAGGAGCUUACAGGAUGGAACCUACAAGAUGUGACCUCACUUCCUUGCUGACAGACCCCAACAGAACUUAGAAUUCUGGUAACUAGGCACCCAUAUUAUACACACAGCCCCAUUUCCAGCUCAGUUGGUAGUUGACACCCAAGGGAACAACAUGUUCUCUUGCUGUGUCCCGACGUGCUGUCGACCUCCUCGUCGCAGAAGAGGCCAAAAUGAGAGUCUUUCUCGAGAAUAUAGACAUUGGUUCAAUCCUCACCCUCGACGCCUCUGGCCAUUUGCCAGAAGGCACCCACAGAGCUCCACACAGCAGAUCAAGCAGGAGCUGUUGGAUGGAUUCCAUUUCUCCAUCUUCUUCAAAGAAGGGCAGGGGCCGCCUGCUACCAACCAUGGCCAGUGCUGGUCUGGGUAUGAAAAUGAGAUCUGCAGGAUGCCAACUUUCCAGCCCAGCACAGGGGAGAAGCUAUUGGAGUCCCUGGUUCCAGCCUUUCUAACUAAACCCAUCUCCUCCUAUGCCACCUGCCUGGGUCCCUCCUGGGACUUUAUCACCGUGCCACACUUUUUGGAACUACUGGUUAGAAGCACCACCACCUCCAUUUUGUUCACCUGGCCCCCUGAAAACACCUCAGUUUGCUGCCAGGCCCUGCAACGGUCAUCUUUCUGGAUAAAGCUGGCCUUCAGGACCUUCGCCUGGCCUGGACUGGGCGUGGAGGACCAUCAGGAAAUUGUCCUAGGCCAGUUGGUGCUUCCGGAGCCCAAGGAGGCCAAGCCAGAUGAUCCUGCUCCACCUCCUGGGCAACACGCAUUAACAAUGCUGGCCCUGGAGCCAGCACCACCACUGCUGGCGGACCUGCGGCCUGCUCUAGAGCCAGAGUCACCUGUAGCCCUGGAUGCACCAGGAUAUCUACAUUCAGCAUCAGCACCAGCACCAGGGGAAGGGCCCCCUCCAGGAACAGUGCUGGAGCCACAGUCAGCCCCAGAGUCACCCUGUCCCUGUCCCGGGACUGUCCAGAGCCAACACACUGAGGAGCUGCCGGACAUCACGACCUUCCCUCCCAGGCUGCUGGCUGAGCAGCUGACCCUUAUGGAUGCGGAUCUGUUCAAGAAGGUGGAGCUCUACGAAUGCUUGGGCUCCAUCUGGGGCCAACGACAUCAGAAGGGGAGUGAGCACGUGGCACCCACAGUUUGUGCCACCAUUGCACACUUCAACAGGCUCGCCAACUGUGUCACCACCUCCUGCCUCGGGGACCACAGCAUGAGGGUCCAGGAUAGGGCCAGGGUGGUGGAGCACUGGAUCAAGGUGGCCAGGGAGUGCCUAAGCCUCAACAACUUCUCCUCAGUGCACGCCAUCGUCUCUGCUCUGCGCAGCAACCCAAUACAUCGGCUACACAAGACGUGGGCAGCAGUGUCCAGCAAAAGCUCAAAAUAUCUAAAAGAACUCUGCAAAAAAGACACUGCAGUGAAGAGGGACCUGCUGAUCAAGGCGGGGAGCUUUAAGGUGGCCACCCAGGAGAGGAACCCCCAGAGAGCCCAGAUGAGGCUACAGAGGCAGAAGAAGGGCGUGGUCCCCUUCCUGGGGGAUUUUCUGACUGAGUUACACAGGUUGGAUUCAGCCAUCCCGGAUGAUCUGGAUGGCAACACCAACAAGAGGAGAAAGGAGGUCCGAGUUCUGCAGGAAUUGCAGCUACUCCAAGUGGCUGCCAUGAAUUACAGGCUUCAGCCUCUGGAGAAAUUUGUCACUUGUUUCUCAAGAAUGGAGCAGCUCAGUGACAAGGAGAGCCACAAGCUGUCCUGUCAGCUGGAGCCCGAAUCCCAGUAGGCUGGAAACAUCCUGCAGUGGCUGGGGCCGCACUGGGAUGCUGGCCAGAACACCAGCUCUGCAUCAUCCUUCACCCAGACCGUGACACCAGGAAACCACAUCUAGGUGGCUUGCAGCUCAGCUACAUCUUGACCCCACUCCUCAACACCAGCUGCUCCUCCUAGCCAGGAUCAGGCCAUGGGACUUUUGCAUGUCAGGCGGGAAACCAUUUUAUGUUUAUUUUCUUUAGUGUAUAAGUAACGGG